AGCUCAGGGAGGCAGCUGUAUGUGCGUCUGCAUCACAAUUGCCACAGGUAAAGAGAACUGCAUCGUUGGAUGCUGCGAACUCCAAAGUGGGGUCUGGGGAAGCGGGAAGCUUUGCUGCUGCUACUGGAAGUCCUCAUCCCGGUGCGGGGCGCACUAUUUUAAUCAUCUCCCAAAAUAAGCAUCCUGGAGAAAAGGACAAGCGGAGGAUCCCAGCAACCAGACCAACAAAUCAGACUGACUGGGAAGAGCGCAGGAUUUCAGGGACUGAGGAAGAAAAAAACAUUCAGAGAAACACAAGAGAGACUCAGUGGGAUAUUUUUUCUUUACAUUUUGCUCUCAUCUUCAUGGACUUUGUAAUUUUAUCUCUGGCUUUCUUAUCUUCAGCUUAAAAUGAUCUUUUUUCACUCCCUGCCUCUCAUCACUGCCUUAGCACAUUUUAUCCCUCUGUGGCGGAAUGUUUCCUGCAAAUAUGAGAGCAGGCUUUCUCAGCACUUGCUGCAGUAUUAACGAACAGUAUACUGAGACAGCAGAGAGCUGAGCGGACAGCUUGGGGAAAUCUGAUCCACAGCCGGUUGGAGAAGGAGCAGGAUCACUCGUUGCAGUUGCAGAUUUAUCCGCCCUGUGAUACUGUGCGACAACACCCCUCAUUUCUCUCUCCCCCCUUACUCUCUCUCUCUCUGUCCUUAUCUGAAGUCUGUCUUUUUACUGGAUCUGGCAAAUUGACUGGAUUUUUUUGCCUUGUUUUGAACUGUCACUGGAAUUUAAAGCACACCUAUAGGAACUAAGUGCAUUUGGAUCGAAAGAGUGUUAUUUACAGUGAAAAGGGGAUAAAACGGAGAAGCUGACUGAAAAGCAACGCUUGGCAAAGACAACAGAUGAACACAGGAGACCGUUGAGCAGACCCAUAACCAACUGAUCUCUUUGGCUUCACUGGUUCUGGUACAAAAGAAAAAGAUUUGGGGAUACGAAGGAAGCUGACUCUACUUAGGGUGCUGGAACAGGCUGCGUAGGGAAACAUUUUUACAUUUCUCUCUUUCUUUUCUUUUCCUCCAUAGGGUGGCGAAGCAACUACACCCACCCUGCAAGUUUCACACCCUGCCCCAUUGUGGAUUGUAAAUGGAAGAGACAUGUCCUUUGAUUAUUAUUUAAGGAUUUUGGCUGCAAUGCCUUCCAAACACUGAUGCCAUGGAUUUGUCACAUGCAUGAAUAUGAAGACACUCCUUCCCACCCAUCUUUGUCUCUCUUCCUCUUUUUUCCUGAUUGAGGGAUCACUUCUUCCACUUCUCCUUUUGGUUCCCUUGCUGUGAACAUUCUUGGAGUUUGCUGUUGGACAUCAAGAGCUGGGCAGGACUAAACAGGAACUAAUUGGGCGAUCAUCCUUCUACGCCAGCUGUCCUAUAUCUUACUGGGUGUUUCAGAGUGUGAGAGUGUGUGUUUGUGCAUGAAUUGUGUCUGCAUGUAUCUCUUGAACCCCUCCCCUUCUCUCUAUCCCUGGAAAACAUUUUUGCGCACUUGUUAUUGACAGUCAGUCUUUGGGGUGCUUCUUGAUCCACUUUUUCUUUUUGUUUGUAAUUAUUGAGAAUCUUUUUUGCUAUAUGCUUUUGAUGCCUAUCACAGGGUUAAUCCUCAAUGAGCCAUAAAGGACGGCAAGAAAGGAUGAGUGAAUGUUCUGGUGCAGCUGUAUCCGGGGCAGUGAUCCUGGAGGAACCUGAGGGUCCAGGGGCUUCUGGGGGCCGUGGAGAGGGCCAGGCCCAGGAUCAGGGUCCCCUUCGUUGUGCAGUUUGGCCUCGUCAGCAGACAUGGCUAUGUGUGGUCCCCUUACUUAUUGGUUUCAUUGGCCUUGGAUUGAGCCUGAUGUUACUGAAAUGGAUUGUUGUGGGAACAGUUCGGGAUUAUGUGCCAACAGACUUGGUGGGUGCAAAUCGAGGAGGCCAAGACCCCAUCUUUCUCUCCAAGCCAAGCGGGAUUCCCAAAGGCCCUGAUACUACCACUACUACAACUACUCCUACAGUCGACGGUGGGAACCCCACACCCAGAACUGCAACUGCAGCAAAAGGUAGAACUCGCACUACUGCUACCACUACUACUACAAACCCCAGAGGAGGUGGGGCUUCUGGCAGUCAGGUGACCCCUCGGAAUCCUGGAAAUCGUAACGGACGUGGACCUUCAGGUUUUACUACAACCACAGCAGCACCACGGACGACCUUCAUAAUUGGAGCAGCAACUUCUAGCUCCUCUCCACCCAAUCCAACUGUACUGCAUGACUCUACGCAAAUGUGGACCGUGGAACAUACUACUACUGAAGCGGCCUCCACCACGCUCACCACACGUACGCAUAGUCACCGCAAAACACCAUCUCCAACCGUCCCUCCACUGCACUCGGAGCAUUUCAAACCCUGCCAUGAGAAGGACUUGGCCUACUGCCUAAAUGGUGGCGAGUGCUUUGUCAUCGAGACACUUAGUGGCCCUCACAAGCACUGCAAGUGUCGAGAGGGCUACCAAGGAAUCCGCUGUGACCAGUUUCUGCCCAAGACAGACUCCAUACUGUCAGACCCAAUCGAUCACUUGGGCAUUGAGUUCAUGGAGAGCAAAGACGUGUACAAGAGACAGGUGCUGUCAAUCACAUCCAUCGCCAUGGCAAUCAGUCUUCUGGGAACACUGUGCAUGGCCCUGUACUGCCGCAACAAGAGGCGCAGGGAGAAGCUCCAGGCUCACCUGAAGGAGAGUCGCACUUUGAAAAACUACACUGCCAAUUCCAACAAUGCCCUGGAAGCCAAGAUGAGGGUCUCCAACACCAACCUGCAAAUGCAUGAGUACUGCAAGCGGCCAUCCGUCUCUCGCCAAGGAAAUGUGUGUGAGUCAGGCUUAGCACACUGUGACAUCACCACCACCACACCAUCCAGCACCUCCAGAGGCACAGCAAAAUAUCACAGCCCUGAACAGAGAACCCGGGCAGCCCAUUGGUCAGCUCCUCGCAAGACCCCACCUAUAUCCAGAGGAAGGUUAAAUCCUAUUGGAGGAUCCAAGUAUUCAGGCCCUGCCUAUCAGCAUCUUCAGGAAGUAGAUUCAUCUGAAAAGGAGGCAGAAGGACAGAAAAGUGUCCAAAUGGAGGUAGAGAGCCAGUGUAAUGAUUCCAGACAAGAUGUCUUUGUACAUAUGCAAACUCCUGUUUCCAUGGAGACAAAGUCGGCAUUGCCUUGGCGUAGCCAUGUGGAGUCGUGCUCAGGCCUUUGCCUUCCACCGGAGCACAACAAUCCCAUUCUCACCACCCGAAGCCUGAGGAGGCCCGGUCGCCGUCAGAGCCAAUCACCACCUCCCCCAUUUCGCUCCUGCUCUAUCCCCAUCAUUCCCUCAGUCCAGGGUCACCAUGACAACGAAGUCUCAUGUAUGCAAACCAGCAUCACCACAGCGAUGUCAGUCACCUGCGGAACUACGCCCUGCAAGGAUGAGCGGAGAGAAAAGACGGCACAUGCCAGGUUGUUUUCCGCGUCCUGCUCGUCGGCUGUCGGACAGCAACACGAUGAAGUGGCGCUGCUGCUGGAGGAGGCGCAGGAGCAGCUCAGGGCAUUGGCGCUGGCUCACAGGAAGCAUGAGGAAGGUGGGAUCAUCAGUAAUGGAACAACAGCUGCACAGGUGGAGGCCAGAGAAACUGUUUGCUUCCUGAACCUUAAUGGAGGAAGCACUGGGGGGCUUAGCUGUAACGGACCCACACAGACCCAGCUGCUCAGCCCCAGCCUAUCACACAGAGACUUGUGCCCAAUCGGCCAAUGAAAGGACAACAUUAAAGACAUUCAGUCUUGGUUUGACUCUGUUUGACAGAUUCUGGUGUUCCAUAACUGUGGGAUGCAAAUGGAUAUGCUGAACAAAGGGGGAAAAAAUCUAUAAAAUCAUAUCAAUAAAAUGAUAUGCAUACUGUGUGGAUAAAAAACAUACAAACACUUCUCGAGGGGCCACCUUUUCACAGACCGAACGGAAAAAGACGAAAAAGAAAUAUUUACAUGCAUUUAUUAACAAAACAAGAGAAACACUUCUACUUAGACAAAAAGAAACCAAAUAGUCUGUCAAAUCCAUGGUGUUUUUAAUUGUAAAAAGAAUAUAUAAAUAUAUAUAUAUAAAUAUAUAUGGAUAUAAAUAUAUGGAAUUUAAAAAGUGACCAAGUAAAAAGUUGAAGAACACAAGAAUGAUGUUACUAUUUUCCUUUAUUUUAUUUUAUCCUUUUUAUUUGUAUCAACUAUCAUGUUUUGGUUCUGGCUCAGCCAUAACAGAAGUCCAUCCGUGUCCCGCAGCACCUCCACGAGCCGUGAAUCGGAUCCUGCUAGGCCACAAGGAGUAAAACAAAAAAGAAAAAAAACAAGGCCAUCGAAGAGGGACCCUUUACAAUGAUUUUGAAAACUUUUACCCAGCCAAGAAUCACAGUACAGUCCUCUGUGGUUACAACACUGAGGUUUCACUGCACAAAACAAAACUCCCAAGCUGUAUGUGCGUAUGUGUCUUACAAGCUGUAAGCCUUGUGAGAACAUAUUGUUGAAGUCAGCCCAGAUGCCGACUCUUUGCUCAUUGUUUAAAACCAAUAGAUUGUUUCUCUUUUUGUUAUGAAUGAUAUUUUCACACAGAUGCACACAGACACUCACCUGUGCAUUAUUAUGUUGGCUGGGUGUUUGGACAAAAAUGGACAGAUGGGGCAUCACAGCAGCUAAUCUGCUUUUUUUUUUUUUUUUCUUUUUUUAAGUUUCUCAUUUUUAGUUAUUAAACAGUAAUGCUGCUUUCUGGGAUUGUUUGUGGGAUGGGAGGGGGGAUGCCACAUGGUUUUGGUAUUGAAACAAGAAAUAAAUGUCUCUAUGUUGUAUCCUAAUGUAUGAAUUGGAAGCUUUUGAAUCUCUGUAUGAAGUUACAGCCAAAUGUUUCUGGUGUCAAAAAGCUUGAAAAAAUCGUUGCAAUUUUGGUUUUAAAAAAAGUGUUAAAAUAACACCUGUUUUGGUUGAUUGAGUUGACAAGUUAAUCGCAGCCAGUCCACACAUGCAUGCUGAGAAACAUCAGUCUGGUUUGCACCCACAGUACUCAUUCUAGAUUCUCUUUUCAGACAACCUCAGUACUGGAUGAGGAAACCUCAGAUUAGCAUUUGCAAAGUAUCUUAUGUCUUUAGUUGUUGCUACACUGUAUUACAUCCGUUUCAUAUGACAGGACUUCAAAAGUUUUAUAAAAUGCCGUUUAAAUCACAAAUUCAAUAUUUCAUUGGUUUAUGGACUGAAAGAAAAAAAUACGUCUGUGUUUAUUCUGUCUUUUUCCAGAUGUUUAUUUACGGAAUAUGAGUAUAUAAAUCAGGGGGAAUGAUAGUCUUGCUACAAAAAUUACCUUUGGUUUAUGUUUGGAUAAAAAUGGGCACUAAAGUAGAGGGGGAGGGUCGACAAGUAAUUUGUUUUUCAAGCAGAGAAUAAGCAUCACGAAUGUCCAUGCAGCUGAACUGAACUAAUAUUAAAAUCAAAACUUUUUAAAAUGUCUAAAUAACAAAGUUAAGCAAUGUUGAACAUCAAAAGUUGUGGAUUUUACACCACAUAAGAUAGCUUAACUUUCCAAAUCACUAAUGGGAUGGGGGCACAAAGUCACUGCUGGAUAUUUAAUAUUAUUGACUGACACUCAGAGCAGCCUUCCUGAAAGCUAUCAGCCAUCACAUUAUUUAGUGUCAGCCAUGCUGUUCCGUCAAUGUUACCAUGGCUAUAAUCAGUCAGCCCAUGAUUACAUCACACAACAGGAAAUCCUGUCAGAGUCAAGUUUUCCUUCCAUCUAAACAGGAAAUCUACUUGUAAUAUCCCAAAUUCACAAAAACAAAAAACAAAAAAUCCAUAAUUCUUU